UGACCAAAAUGCAUCUUCUAUAAAAGAUAAGGAAUCUAUUAUUUCUGAUCCUAUACCUGAACCAAUACACAGCUCAACCCAGCCUCAAGAAAUGAUAUAUAAAGAAAAUGUUAUGCCCACUAUUUCUUAUAAGCGAAAGAAAGAACAAGGCUUAAUUCAGGAAAUAUCUGCAGCCCAAGCUUCAAAUUUCAGCAGAAUUAGCACAGUCAAAAGCCUUCUACGCCCUCCAAAACUCUUCCCAUUCAAGAGAAAGCUAUCAAAAGAGAUGCGUAAUCCAGUUAUUAAUAAACUAACCUCACAUUUUACUGACUCACCAAAGUUAGAUAAAAAUUGUAGUAUUGAUACUGAAGAUGAGCAUCAAACUGAUUCCUAUUGGGUUCUCGGUCCACAUUGCCCACUAUGUAGAGAAAAUCAUAUGAGUUUAUAUGCCAGGAAUUCCAUACAAUAA